UCGCUGGCAGACUGCAGCCCGGAUGGAUGCAGCGUAGUCCGCGUGGCUGCCCGUCGUACCUCUCGGCCUGGUUUGUUAAUAUGGAACAUUUUCCCCGAGCGAACUGCCAAAUGCAUUUGAAACGGUGAAAGAAAAAGCAUCGCUGUAAGAAAAGCAGUUAAAUUCGCCGUUCUUUAAUGGCUUCUGGCUCCGGAGAUGAAGAGGGAAACACGGAAGGCAUUUCAUGGAGACUCAUAGGCCCGGUCGAGGGACUCUCCAAGAAGCGCUGCCGACUAAUGUACUCUUCCAUCGGCUCCGACUCUGAUGUCUGCCUCUUCUACGUGAAGGGGGAGUUCUUUGCCAUGGAUGCUCGCUGUGCACACUCCGGCGGUCCUCUGUGUGAGGGGGACAUCGAGGAGGCUAAUGGAGUCCUGCAGGUCUUCUGUCCCUGGCAUGACUAUGACUUUGACCUCAGAACUGGGAAGUCAGGGACCUCCUUACAGCAACAAGUGUAUGAAGUCAAGCUGGAGGAUGGCAACGUGUACGUGAAACACGCCAGUCCGUCUGUCUUUGGAGCCUUUUCCUGCAGAUCAGAAGAGUUGAACAACCUCCGUGCUGCUGCCUGAUCCUUCAUGAGGCCGCUGUAGAGGUCUAUUUUUAAUACUUGUUCCACAAACCCAAGCCGUCUGAAACAUUCCUAAGCCUUAUCUAUCAUGUUCACAGACCGUUUCUGCUUUGAUUUCUGUGAACUCAGGACAAUACCGAGAGGAUUGUCUGAAGAGGACAUGAGAUUGAGAUUUUCUUGCUGCCGUUCCAGGUAGAGACUCAUCACAGACACUGAACAUGCUGUAAAGCUCACUGCUGACCUUGAUAAUACACCUGUAGCAAAUAUACAACAGAAAAACAGAAAGGUUAACUUUUCUCAGCAGGUUUUAUAGAAUAACCAGCAUAUUUAAUUGGCUGCAUACAUUUUUUUUGCCUAUUAACCAUUUUCUAGAUUUUUAAGGAUUAUUGAAGAUAAUAAUAUCAUUAUUUCUGAAGGAAAUAUUACCAAGUUAAAUAUGUUUGGAAGCUUUUUUUAAUUUACUAUGAGCUGAAACUCUCAAAUCAUUUCAUCUCAAUUCUCAAAUUCUCUACUUGUCCAUCUAUUGCCAGUGUUGUUGCACUUGUAUUUACUAGCUAACAAUUCAUUCCUGUUAGGGCGUACAAACAAAGCUCCCAAAUGUUAUCUCUGAUUUAAAUACAAAAUAAUAAUUCACAAGAAAUCUAACAAUAAUUGCAGUGAGGAGGUGAAUUCACAUGUUCUUUGUUUUAAUGUUAGAGGUAAUAGGAGUCAUAUAUGCUAAAUGCAGUGACAAUCUAGUGAUCUGUAAAUGCAGUUCAAAUAGACAACAUGUGCAAAAUGAACACUAUCAUCUUGAUUUUUAUGAGAAAACAUGCAGGUUGUAAUUAUCAGUAUGUCAUUGUGAGGUCCUAACUGACUGCCAGUGUAUUUCAAUAAGUAAUACAGCUCUUUUAUGAACUUCCACUAAUUAGAGUGGAAGAAUUUGUAGAAUAAUGUAACAGCGGGAGUGUAAUGACAGUUCUUGGUCAUUACUAACAAUAAUAAUGAGUUGUGGCCUUUGGAUACAUUUAGACACUUAUUCCAGUGAUGUCACAAAACAGAAACUCCCUUUUCACGAUAGUAAUUCUGGACAGUUUUUUAACCUAAAUAGAGUUCCUGCAAGUAGAAGACACAUGAAGGGCACUGCAUUUACUAUUGGUGGCAGUCUCCAUCAGUUUCCAUCAAUCUCCAUCAGUCUCCAUCAACGAUUCUCUCCGUUCCUGGUCUGUGCUCAGACAGGUUUGUCUGUUACUGACGCAAUGGGACUCAAAAGAAAUGGUUAGGGCGCCAUAGGAAGGUUCAUGACCUGAAAUGCACCAUUGACUCAAAUAUAAAUAUUUCUUUCCAGCUGUUUGUGUGUGUGUGCACUGAUUUAUACCUUAGUGUUGAGGGCACUCACUAUAUUUUCUGUCAGCUCCAUUUUCUGGCUGAGGCGAAGGGCCCAUCAUGAAGGUGUCAGUGGCAGUGUGGUUCAACACUCUCCUUUUCUUCCCUGCUGUGACCCUUGCUGUGCGACUUUAUUACAAUAAUAAUUCCACUGGCUGGAAAAUGUCUGUUUUGUGCAGCAGAGGUUUUUCUUUGUGCAUUGUAACUCAUCACCUGGAGGGUAAUGGACAUACACAAUGGAGAUGCAGCUAUUUUGUGUCGGUAGAAAAGUCAAAAUAAACUUUUAUUCAGGAUUCUGCAGAGGUCAUGAGUCUCACUGAGAAAACCAACUGUUGCCAUAUGUUUCCUUAAAGUUAUUUAUUAUGCUCUGCUAAUUUUAUUGCAUUUUGUUUCUUGUUAAGGGAAUUAUGUGUCUGGCCUAGAAGUUGAAAAUGUCUGCAGACUGCAUACCCUGUAACUUUACGCACAUUUCAUUUCGACUAUGCUGUUGUUUUGUAUGUUCUAAACUAUAUUUAUUGUUGUGACUUUUGCAAAGCU